UAACCACACACUCCCAGCCUUCCCUCCUCCUCUCACCCUGUAUGCACAGUCACUAUUCCAGAAAUCUACACUCACACACAGGCACAAUCACUUUCCCAGCUGCCUGCACACACAUUUGCCUUUGCAGCAUCAUGUCCCAGACACUUUUUCUUUGUCUUAUGCUAUAUUUUGGGAUCUGUUGGGCUCAGGAUUCUAGUACACAAGAUGCCAACAAUACCUACACCAGGCCUGUGUUCUUAUGCGGAGGAGAUAUUACUGGAGAUGCAGGGUACAUAGCAAGUGAAGGCUUUCCAAAUUACUACCCACACAACAAAAAGUGUGUCUGGAGCAUCACGGUCCCUGAUGGACAUGUGGUGAUGCUAACAUUCCGUGUUCUUGACAUGGAAUCAGACCCCAGCUGCCGCUAUGAUUAUCUUAGCAUAUACAACGGGCACAGCCGAACUGCCCAGCAAUUAGCACGUGUCUGUGGAACUUUCCGUCCUGGAGCCCUAAUGUCAACUGGCUCACAAAUGAUGCUAGAGAUGGUAACAGACGAGGAAACAGGGGGGCGGGGCUUUCUGGCCUGGUACAGCGCUGUCUCUACUCAAGUCAGUGAGAGUCAGUUUUGUGGAGGAAAACUUGAAAAGCCCCAGGGAAGUCUGAGCACCCCAAACUGGCCUGAAAAUAAUUAUCCAAGUGGUAUAAGUUGUUCCUGGCAUAUUGUAGCCCCAAAGGAUAAGGUAAUCGAGUUAGCGUUUGAUAAAUUUGAUGUCGAAGGAGACAGCUACUGUCGAUAUGAUUACGUAGCUGUUUUUAAUGGAGGAGAAACAGACAACAACCAAUUAAUUGGAAAAUAUUGUGGUGAUUCUGCACCCAAGUCUAUUUACUCAGGUGCCAAUGAGAUGCUGGUUCAGUUUGUGUCUGAUCUCAGUGUCACAGCUGAUGGAUUUGCCGCAUCCUACAGGAUGAAAGAAAUCUCAGAAGUGCCAAAGAAAAUCCCAGGUUCAAAACCCACUUCAAGCAGUGUACCAGAAAGUAAAAGUCCUCCAAAAACCAAACCAUUACUUAAACCAACACCUAAACCAACAGCUAAACCAACACUCAAACCAAAACCUACAGCUAAAGUGACAGCCAAACCUACUACAAAACCCAAGCCUACUAAAGUGGCAAAAACCACAGCAGUACCCAAAACCAAAGAAACUGCUUUACCACCUAUUUCAAAGAGCCCACGUGCUGGAUCCUCUUCACCUGCAAAGUGUCCUGAAAAGUGCAGGAAGACCGGAACGCUAAGCAAUCACUACUGUGCAAAUCAGUUCGUGGUUACAGGGACAGUGAAGUCUGUGGUCAAAGGCGAUAUCGAGAACACAGUUCUAGCAAAUAUCAACAUCAUCAACACAUACAAGGUUGGGGACCUCACGAUUCAGCAAGCAGGAAAGAGUAUGGCCAUCAAAAUCAUUAAUGAAUGUCCAAAGUGUCCCAUUCUAAAGAGAGGUUCCAGCUAUCUAUUUAUGGGAGCAGUGGAUGAGGAAGGACGCGGCAGGAUUAUAGGAGACAGUUUUGUUGUUACUUACAAAGCAGCUCAGCACCAAAUGCUAACAAGUAUCGGCAAAAGACCUUGUUAGGAGUUUCUAUUCAUUAAACUCUCUUUUCUACUCUGUAAAGGCCAGUAAUGCUUACAAUAUGUCACAACUAUUCCCCACUUUAAUAAAGAAUAUUGUUCAUUUCUUGGCAAACGUUUUUAUACUGGGAAUUAAAUGUGUCUAACAACAUAAAAA